UUCAAGGGAAUUUAAUGAACUCUUCUUGUUUGGAUUGGUAAAGUUAAUGGAAUAGAUUUAAUUCAUCAAAAUUAUAGUGAAGUUCAAUCAUACCUGUUACCAUUAUCUAUAUUUUUUAAUAAAUAAAAACAAGUAUUUUUCAGAAAUUUUUUUUCUGUUAGUCCCUUGUGCUCACGAUAUAAUCCAUGUGGUUUCAUUACACCUGAAUAAAAUAGUGAUAGUGUGGUGAACAAUAAAUAAAGACUUGGUAGGUUUAUGAGCAACAAUAUUUCCACUUUUUUGUUUACUCAGCAGAGUAAAUUUGUAUGCAACUUCAAAUUUCCACCAUAAUUAAGCAAGCCUAGAAAAGUGCUGAGUUAGUUCUAAGGAAUAGAGAGAAUCACAACAAUAUCCAAUGUUUAUGCAAAUUCUAAGACUAUCCUUUUAAAGUCAAAAAAUAAAAGCAACUUUUAAAAAUACCAACCCGUCCCAAGUUGCAUACUAAUCGCGCCGCCCCCUUCUUUCUCCAGAAUGAGGGGGAACCUGCUCGGAACCACCGACAAGCGGCACAAACACCUCUCUUCGACACUGCGGAUCCUUCCGGACGAUAUCAUCCCCGAGAUCCUGGUGAGGCUUCCGGCGAGUUCCGUUGUGAAAUUCAAGAUUGUGUGCAAAUCAUGGAAUGCACUAAUCUCCAGCCCAAAAUUCGCCAGCGACCACCUUCACCGCUCAACAGCAGAUCCAACCAUGACUCGCCCACAACUCCUAUUGGAAACUGAUCGCGGAUUCGGAAUUUUCUCGGUGCAGUCUCUGUUUAAGAAUCCAUCCCCGCCUACUGAGGAUGCCUGCUUCCAGAUGGAUGAUGACGUGCGUAUCUUGGGUUCCUGCAAUGGCUUGUUCUGCCUCGCCUUGAUCAGCGGUAAUAGACUCUGGGAAUCCAUCAGAUUGUGGAACCCUUGUACCAGAUUGGCUUCCGAUUGGUGGAAAAUUCGGCAAGAGGGGCACAUGAACUGGGGUUACAUGUAUGGUUUUGGCUAUGAUCACGUGCAUGAUAAUUACAAGUUUCUUGAGGGUUCUUGGGCACUCGGCUACAAAGUUCACACCUUUGGUUCGAAGUCUUGGACAACCAUCAUUCAAGAUCUUCCAUUUUAUCCCCGGCAGGCGAUAGGGAAGUUUGUGAAUGGCACUCUCAAUUGGGUAGCUCAUACUCGUAACAACAGCUUAGAAUGGGUUAUCCUUUCCUUUGACUUGGCCAACGAGAAUUGUUGCCCAAUGUCCCUGCCUAAUAUGGAUCAUGUUGAUUACGAUUAUAGUACUGGUGCCUAUACUAUGUUGGGUGUCUUGAGGAACAACCUUUGUGUUUGUUUCAAUGAAAACUUUAGUCGUUUGGCUUUGUGGGAGAUGAAGGAGCAUGGGGUUCAAGAGUCUUGGACUAAGUUGCUCACCAUACCUAGGGAGCAUGAUGUACCCCGGGCUUAUGAAUUCCCACGGCUUCAUUCAUUUAGAGUCUUGUACAUCAUGGAAAAUGAUGACGUUCUGGUUGUUUACUAUUAUUCCAAUGCUUGCAAAUUACUUAUGUUUAAUGCAAAUGUUGGCCAGCUAUCGCAUCCAAAUCUUUACAAAGCAGGUCUUCUGAACUGCUAUGUUUAUCAUGAAAGCUUAGUUUCGCCCUCCCAUUUAGGUCUUCCAAGUUUCUUAUAUGGAUCGACUAUUGAUUAAAUCAACUCCAUGUUUAUUGCUUAAUGACUCUUUCUUAUUGUGGCUUCUUUUAAGUCCUACUCUCAUUUAUUAAUGCAGUUUAUUUUCUUUUCCUCAA